AUGGUAUGCGACGCGGUGGCUUGUCCGGAUAAGCUCUUAUAUGACCUUAAUUGCGCGAAUAUAUCUGAAAAAGGAUUUAAUUUGAUGAACGUCACCAAUAAAACUAAUUGGAAAUGCCCUGAUUGUCGAGCUAAGCAACCUAACACUGAUAAUAGCAAUACCCCAUUGCGCCCGGCGGAAAGAUCUGGAAUGGAACAAAACUCUCCUGAAAUAACAAGUGCCAAGGAUGUGUCCCCCCAAGUGGAUAGCAAUAUAACGCUUCGCAAGAAGUUUUCGCAAGCUAUUUCUACGGAUUACGAUGAUAGCUCUGAUAUACCUAUUACAUUGGAAAAUAUAAGACCACUUAUUAAGGAGGAAUUUUUUUUAAUGAAGACAGAAUUGGUGCGUGAAUUAGAAUUAUCCCUUCAACAAAUGGUACGAGCUGAAUUUCAAUCCAUUAGAGGUGAAAUUUCCACGCUUGAGAGCAGUGUAAAGUUUUUAGAUGAAAACUAUGAAACUGCUAAGACAGCGCUAAUUAAAUGCCAAGAAUCACUAAAACAAGUGCAGAAAGAUAAUACGAUCUUGUCAAAUACAGUUUAUGAAUUAAAUACACGCUUACAAGCAAUGGAGCAACAUAAUCGUGCUAGUAACUUGGAGAUCCAGUGUGUUCCUGAGCACAAAAACGAAAAUUUAAUAUCUACAAUAAUGCAAAUUUCAAAAGUUGUGUCAGCUAAUCUGAAAGAAAGUGAUAUUCACCACUGCACUAGAGUUGCUAAACUAAACAGGGAGGACCAAAGACCGCGAAGCAUUAUUGUUAAGCUCGGAACUCCUUUACUGCGAGACACCUUUCUGGCAAACACUAUAAAAUUCAACAAGGAACAUCAGAACGACAAGCUCAACACCAGUCACAUCGGAAUCGCUGGAAACAAAAAGCCUAUCUAUAUCUUAGAACAUUUAUCCCCCCAAAACAAGAAACUUCACGCAGCGGCUAGGCAAUUUGCCAAGAAAGAAGAUUACAAAUUCGUAUGGAUUAAGCAAGGAAAGGUGUUCAUUCGUAAGACAGAAUCCUCACAAUUCAUCUACGUUAGAAACCAGGAGGUCUUGGAUAGGCUACACUUGGCUAACUAG